GCUGCUGUUGCUGCUGCUGCUGCCGCGGACGCUGUCGCGCGUGGAAGGCUCCUCUUCGCUUCGCCCUGCCCCACGUUGCUCCGGGACCCCCGCCCAGCCCAGCCCAGCCCAGUGCCGGAGCGCGGAGAAGAAGCGAUGCGCUUUUGCCUGUCUCUGCUUCAGCUCCUGCUGAGCCUCGGGAGCGGCGCCGCUGCCCGAGACCGACCGGGACCUGCAUCGGAGCGCGGCAAAGAUGAUAGCAUUUCUCAAGUGCUAAAGCUGAGAGAAGAACCAUCCAAAGUUCAGGACCUACAAGUGAAGUUCGUUGUUCGUACCACCCCGGAUCCCGAUGAUGCUGACUGCUAUCUCAAGGUUGGUCAAGACCAUCUGUUGGACGAUUGCAACUUCAACAUCUCCGCAAAGACCUUCUUCGUUAUUCAUGGAUGGGCGAUGGGCGGCAUGUACGAAAAAUGGCUGGACACCCUGGUCUCAGCUCUUCAACAACGUGAGAAGGAAGCCAACGUGGUGGUAGUGAACUGGCUGGCUCUCGCCCAACAACUCUACACCAUCGCCGUCAACAACACGAGGGUGGUUGGAAAACAACUUGCAGAGCUGCUGGACUGGUUAGAGAAGAAGGACUUCCAACUGGAGAACGUCCAUCUGAUUGGCUACAGUCUCGGGGCCCAUAUUGCUGGUUACACCGGAAACUAUGCCCGAGGAACUAUUGGAAGAAUUACAGGCUUGGAUCCAGCUGGGCCGAUGUUUGAAGGAGCCGAUCCAAGCAGACGUCUCUCUCCCGACGACGCGGAUUUUGUCGAUGUCUUGCACACAUACACAAGAGAAACAUUGGGCAUCAGCAUUGGGAUCCAGAUGCCUGUGGGUCACAUUGACAUUUACCCCAAUGGAGGAGACAUCCAACCAGGAUGUGGCCUUACUGACAUCUUGGGAACGCUCGCUUUAGGGGAGCUUGGGGACCUUGUGAUAUGCGAACACGAGCGGUCAGUGCACCUCUUUGUGGACUCGCUUGUGAACAAGGACAAGCAGAGUUUUGCCUUCCAAUGCACGGAUUCCGGACGCUUCAAGAAGGGCAUUUGCUUGAGCUGUCGGAAGAAUCGCUGCAACGGCAUCGGAUACAACACCAAGAAGAUGAGGAACAAGCGCAACAGCAAGAUGUACCUCAAGACAAGGGCUGGCAUGCCUUUCAAAGUUUUCCACUAUCAGCUGAAGAUCCAUGUCUUCAGCUACAAAAGUCUGGGAGAAACCGAACCAGCAUUUUCCGUCACCUUCUAUGGGACCAGUGGAGAUUCUGAACCUCUACCUCUGGAAGUAUCUGAUCAAAUUGGCCUGAACUAUACAAACACCUUCCUGGUCUACACAGGGGAAGAUUUGGGUGAUAUUCUAAAGAUCAAACUCACCUGGGAAAUCACCACUAAGUCCUGGUACAACUUUUGGAGCCAAAUGAAAACAUACUGGUCCAAGUCCGAUCCGUCAUCCAAAGAACUACAGAUCAGACGGAUCCGCGUGAAGUCGGGCGAAACACAGAAGAAGCUUGUGUUUUGUGCAGAAGAGCCUGGGAAGACCAACAUAUCUCCUAGCCAAGAACUCUGGUUUGUAAAAUGCCGAGAAGGGUGGCAAAAAUGGAACAGAACAAUACCAGGAUAAAAUCGGCAUUGAAAUGUCCUCCUUGAGAAGCCUCUUAGAUCCAUCAGGGACCAACCCAGCUGGAAAAAGCAUUUGCUGCGACGAAAGACGAAAGACCGAAACAUGUUUCUGCAGACUUUUUCCUCUGGCUUCCUCACUUGUCAGGGCUUGCAAGAGCUUGUAGUUUAAAGAUGGAUCUGUGGGGUUGCUAAAAACUAUCUCAGCGUCAAUGAUAAUUCAGAGAACUUUCUAUAUUUAUGGCUUCUACUUUUUUUAAAAAAAAGAAUAAUUUAUUGGGAGGGAAUAAUAAACCCACCUGUUACAAAACUGGCCUCUUUUCAGAGAGCUUUUCUGGUUGUGCCUAUGCCAUCUUGCCUUGGUCAAUGUUUGGGGUCUACGCCUCUUUUACAGGCCCAGUCAAAACAGAUUGCACAUUAUUGCAACACCAAGAUUAAUGUGAAUGCAGACAGAGCCAAUCAUAUGAUGUAGAGCACUGUGGGGUCCUUGGUUCUCUCUGAGCUUGGUGGGGUUUUUUUUGCAGACGUUUCAUUACCCAACUCGAUAACAUCAUCAGUGCUAGAAGAGAAUGGGGUUUUCCUUCUGUUUAUGUACUAGUAGCUUCAGUGGUGGGUUCUAACUGGCUUUACUACUGGUUCUCUUUGUACAUGCGCUUCGCGCGUGAUCGCCUCUUCGUGCACACGCUUUGCGCGCGACAGUUGCAAUGUCCCGGGGUCAUGGGAUCACCUUUUGUGACCUUCUGACAAGCAAAGCCAAUGGGGAAGCUAGAUUCACUUAACAACCGUGUCACUAGCUUAACAACUGCAGGGAUUCCCUUAACAAGUGUGGCAAGAAAAGUCGUAAAAUGGCCAUUUAACAACUGUCUUCUUUAGCAACAGAAACUUUGGGGUCAAUUGUGGUUCUAAGUCAAUGACUGUCGUGGGAACACUAACAUACAUUAAGCAUUCUUGAUAUGUCCAAAUGAGGUCUGUCUCCUCUUGUAAUUAAUGAAUAAAGUUGUUCGACUCUUCAAAGUUUGCAAAAUUCCCACAGAAGACCCUUGAGAGUUUAAAGCAAGGGUCCCCAAACUUGGCAGCUUUAAGACUUGUGGACUUCAACUCCCAAAAUUCUCCAGAAUUCUCCAGCCAGCUAUAACUCCCAAUUCUGGGAGUUGAAGUCCACAAGUCUUAAAGCUGCCAAGUUUGAAGACGUCUGGUUUGAAGUGUUGCGUUGAGCAAAUUAAAAUGAUCUGAGGAGAAUGUUAGCUCCUUCGGAAGAAAGGAUGCCUAUUUUUAAACCAGAUUUCUCAAGGAACUUUUCUACUGCUAAUUUUUUACGUAUGGGUUAGCCGAUCUCAACCAAAGUCUUUGGGGUUUUUUUUCCCCCCUAUAGAGAUGACAUUUUGUCUUUGUUCUUUAGGAACAGAAUUUGAGGUAAUUUAACUGUGACCUGUGCCAACUUAUGAAGUGAUCCUGAAGCUCUGUCUGUGAAGUUAAAUGUAUAUAUAAAAUGGGUUUUUGUAAUAAUUGCUCCUUCUCUAUUUAUUAUUUUUUUCCAGAAAUGUGCAUUUGUAUAUUUAUAUAAAGAGGCUCUUUUUUUAAAAAAAAAUAAAAAUCAAAUGUGUUUUUUUACAAGCCAGGAGCAGAAAAAUAAACUCAGUGACUUCUUUAAAAUCA